GCUGAUAGGAUCCCCACUCGGUCCGUUCAUCCGGACGAGUUACGGGGGACGAAGCUGCGGGAGCGCGCGGGCAGUGACCAGCCGCGGAAUCCUUGUGGGCUGCAGCCGAGAAAGAGAGUGAUGGAGGAGCAUCAAGAUGCUGGGAAGGAGGGCAAGCCCUCCUCCACAUCAGUGGACCUGCAAGGGGACAGCUCCUUACAGGUGGAGAUCUCGGACGCAGUGAGCGAGCGGGAUAAGGUGAAGUUCACCGUUCAGACCAAGAGCUGCCUCCCUCACUUCGCCCAGACCGAGUUCUCAGUCGUGCGGCAGCAUGAGGAGUUCAUUUGGCUACAUGACGCCUACGUGGAGAAUGAGGAGUACGCCGGUCUCAUCAUCCCCCCAGCCCCGCCAAGGCCAGACUUUGAAGCUUCGAGGGAAAAGCUGCAGAAGUUGGGUGAGGGGGACAACUCCAUCACGCGGGAAGAGUUUGCCAAAAUGAAGCAGGAGCUAGAAGCGGAGUACCUGGCAAUCUUUAAGAAGACAGUUGCGAUGCAUGAAGUCUUUCUGCAGCGCCUGGCGGCCCACCCCACCCUGCGUCGAGACCACAACUUCUUUGUCUUUUUGGAAUACGGCCAGGACCUGAGUGUCCGAGGAAAGAACCGGAAGGAGCUCCUUGGGGGGUUUCUGAGGAAUAUUGUGAAGUCGGCAGAUGAAGCCCUCAUCACCGGCAUGUCAGGGCUCAAGGAGGUGGAUGACUUCUUUGAGCACGAGAGGACCUUCCUGCUGGAGUACCACACCCGCAUCCGGGAUGCCUGCCUGCGGGCAGACCGCGUCAUGCACUCCCACAAGUGCCUGGCAGACGAUUAUAUCCCCAUGUCAGCUGCACUGAGCAGUCUAGGAACACAGGAAGUCAACCAGCUAAAGACGAGCUUCCUCAAAUUGGCAGAGCUCUUUGAACGACUAAGGAAGCUGGAGGGCCGCAUGGCCUCUGACGAGGACCUGAAGCUGUCGGACAUGCUGAGGUACCACAUGCGGGACUCGCAGGCAGCCAAGGACCUGCUGUACCGGCGGCUGCGGGCGCUGGCCGACUAUGAGAACGCCAACAAGGCAUUAGACAAGGCGCGCACCAGGAACCGCGAGGUGCGGACCGCGGAGAGCCACCAGCAACUCUGCUGCCAGCGCUUCGAACACCUCUCCGACUCAGCCAAGCAGGGUGAGCCCCGCAGCCCUGGAGCCCCUGCCACUGGGCUACCUACCCUGCCAGGGUCCCCAUUAUUCUCCCCUCUUCUCUCCAGAGCUCAUGGACUUCAAGGCCCGCCGUGUCUCCUCUUUCCGCAAGAACCUCAUCGAGUUGGCAGAGCUGGAGCUCAAACACGCCAAGGCCAGCACUCUGCUUCUCCGGAACACCCUCGUCGCCCUCAAGGGGGAGCCUUAGAGCAGCCAGAGCCUGCUCUGGGACCUUCAGUGACAAGUCCCUCAGACCUCCCACCCCAGCAAGAUGCCUCCCUCCCCUCCACAGCAGCCACUAGCCAUGCCCCAUAACCUCCCAGGUCAAGUCCAAGCCCUACCCCCACCCAAAGGUGCCAGGCCCUGCAAGAGGGAGACAGGGCAGUAUGGGCACCAUACUUGGUCAGAGGUAAGCAGAGCCCCAAGGGGGGAGCCCACGGGCCCUGACCUCCCUCCCCAGGGGGCUGAGGGGCAGCCCUCCACCCACCCUCUGGUCCUGGAGUUCAUUUGUUCCUAGCCUGUUCACAAAUAAAGAGCCUGAUUUUGU